AUGGUGUGUUGCAUGCCACUUGUAAGGACAACAUCGACCGCCAUUUUGUUUGACCGCUUUCUUGUUAGACAGUCGGCUCACGUGAGUGAAAGUCCAUCAACUUCCGCAAUUCAGCGGCAAUCAGUGCGUGCUUCCCGUGAAGUUAAAAAAAUGGGGUCUGUUUCUACAAAUUGUCUGAUUAAUCUUGCCUUAGAUUUGUCCAGCAGUUGGAAAAAGCUUGCGCGAGCACUCAAACUUGAGGAUGAAGUCGAAAGAAUCAGCGAAGAUAACAGAAGAAACGUGUCCGAACAAGCGUACAGAAUGCUUUUGAUCUGGAAGCAGAGAAACGGCUCCUUGGCAACCUUGCAAGUGUUAGCUGAAGCCCUGAAAAAACCGACCGUAUUACGUAAGGAUCUAGCUCAAAAGUACUGUGGAAACGACAAUACAGACUCGUCGAAAACCGAAAUCAACCUUCAAGACCAACCUAGAAGUGGGCAAGUUUCAACGAGCGACCUGAAUUCUAUUUCACAAGACCUUGGAAAAGAUUGGCUGUGGGUUGGUCGCCUUCUUGGUAUUGAGGAUGCUGCAUUGGACAACAUUAAAGAUGCACACACGCAGCUCUACGAGUGCUCCUUUCAAAUGCUGAAGUCAUGGGCUGGGAAGAAUGGUGACGACGCUACCUACGGGUGGCUUGCAUGGGCGUUAAUGCACAGAGCAGUUGGAAAGCGGGACAUCGCUGAAAAAUACUGCCUUGAGUGUCGGCAACCACAGAGUGAUUGUGCAAUAGCUUCAUAUGUGUCUCCUGGAGAAGGGAUUCUGGUAUUAGACAAGAACAUGCAGAAUUUGGGUCUUGGCGAUUCGUCAGCAAAUAAACCUGGAGUGGCUUGUAGCCCAGUUCACGUCCAGAGCAAUGCAGAGCCGGGGGCAGUGAGUAAAAGUCAAACAGGUUCAACACCUCCAUCACCUCCGGUGCCCGAUGACUGUAUAAUGAAGGACUUCAUCACAAUUUUUCCGCAUCACGUGUGGAAGGGAUUGAUCAUCAAAUUGGAUCCCCUAGGCAAUCAAGGAAGUUACAAAGACCUUGCCAGCGAGUUGGGAUUUAACAUGGAGAAGAUAUUGUAUUUCCAGUCACGGACAAAUCCCUCAGAUGCUGUGCUCAGUAGUCGCCCGAUUACUAUAGAAGAACUCUGUACCAAGCUGGCGGCGAUUGGAAGGUCUGACGCAAGGUUACUGAUUAAAGAAUGGGUCAAGUCGCAAGAUUGCAAAUGUGCGGCUUGCAGCAAUUAACCUUAGGCGUACAAGGGAGGAUUCCAACCCCCACCUCUCAGACUUGUUUUGAAUUCUGAAAACAGGAUUUACUCAGUGCUGCUGAAACUUUAAGUAGCUGUUCAUUAAGGGACACGUCCACACUACGCUGAAGGAAUUUUAAACCGGAGGUUUCACGCUAAAAACGCAUUUAAUGUUUUCCGUCCACACUAGGCGGGAGGAAUUUAAAGAUACAACAAUCGCCGGGUCAUUUUGGAUUUGUGUUUGAGGAAAACCCGGGCAAGGAAAUCACGUGUUUGUCGUGACUCCAUGGUUUUCGGAAAGCUCCGUUUUCAAAAUGUUUUCCGUCCACAAGAAAACGAAAAGCCGGCGU